AUGAAUUACAGCCAUGACACUGAAAUGGAUCGGGAUUGGGCCGCUGACCAGCUGCGUCGAAAGAAGAACGCGCUGACCGGACUUCCGGAUUCCCCCAUCCGCCGCACCGCGGCUGCCCUGCCGCAGGUCGCAGUUGCUGCGGUGCAAGGAGUGGCCGCCACCCCGCCAGGGGCAGCGACACUCGGCAGUGCCUUGUCUGCCCUUGCGAUCAAUGCCGGCAGCGCAGAGCACGUGCAGAGAAUCUGCCAUGGGCUCUUGGCUUUGCUCUACGACAAGGAGUGCCUGGCGGUCCACCACGAGUUUGCGCAACUGAAGGGAGUGGAAGCACUCCUGGCUAUCCUCAGGCGACAUGGUGGCGGAACGGCUCUGGCAGCUCUUCGCGUGCUGGAGAAGCUUUGCCGAACUGUGCCCAGAGAGCUCUGUGCCUGUGGAGGUGUCGAUGUUUUGGCAAGAUGUGCUGAGGUUCCUUGUCAGGCCCCGCGCUUACUGGAGGCUUCGCUGCGAUGCCUACAUGGGCUGACAUUCGACACUGAGGCCACAAGCCUUUGCGGUUCAAAAAUGCGCAUCGAAGUAGCUCCCAAAGAGUUGAGCUCUAAGUUUUAUGCUCUGAUGCGCUGGGAACCUGAGUGCGCAUUGCUCCCUUAA